GUCUGAGCAGACCUAUAUUUCACGUCUGUUCUUUUACACAGCAUUCACUUAUCAAGUACUUAUCAAUACUUAUUACUUAUUACUUAGUUAACCGCUUACUUCCUGUUUACCGAGCAGACACACAGGAGAAGGCAACGUGAAAGGUUUCGGUUUUUGCUGUCUCAGGAUAAGCUAUCUUUUUUCACUUGCUUAAUAGUUACUUCUUACCCACACGAAGGCAAUGCCCCUGGUGGCCCAGGGCCAAUUCAGGGUGCUGAAGGUUCCUCUGGGCUUCAUUAAGGUCUUACAAUGGUUCUUCGCCAUCUUUGCCUUCUCCACCUGUGGUAGUUAUUCUGGGAUGUUCCGGGUUGCGGUGGAGUGUAAGAACCGGACAGAGAGCGACCUGAGCAUAGAGGUGGAGUUUGAGUACCCAUUCAGACUUCACCAGGUGUAUUUUGACACCCCUACCUGUAAGGGCGAGGACAAGGAGCGCCUCUUCCUGAUUGGCGACUACUCCUCCUCGGCGGAGUUCUUCGUCACCAUCGGCGUCUUUGCCUUCCUCUACUCCACGGCGGCUGUCGCCAUCUACGUCUUGUUCUUCGAGAAGUACAAGGAGAACAACAAGGGGCCGCUCAUCGACCUGGGUGUGACCGCGGUGUUUGCCUUCAUGUGGCUGGUGAGUUCGGCGGCCUGGGCCAAAGGUCUUUCCGACGUGAAGAGUGCGACUGACCCCGACAAAGUGAUUACUCUGAUUGGCGCCUGCGACAAUAAGGACAACACAUGCCGUGAAGUCCACGACCCUGUCAUGUCUGGACUCAACACCUCUGUGGCUUUUGGUUUUAUUAACCUGGUCCUGUGGGUGGGAAACCUGUGGUUCGUCUUUAAGGAGACAGGCAUCAUCGCUCCCUUCAUGCGAGCUCCACCUCCUCAGGAGAAAGCUGCUGCACCAGACGCUUACGGCCAGCAGGGGGCGUACGAACAAGACCCGUACGCCAGCAACCAGGGAGGCUACCAACCCGAUUACAGCCAGCAAGGAUACAACCAGGAUGCAGAGUACGGUCAGGGGGCGCCCACCUCCUUCGCCAAUCAGAUGUGAACUGACAGGAAGCAG